UCUCCGGACGACCUACAAGAUCAACUCCGAUUGGCCAGGCCGCGUGUUUGUCAGAUUUGUAAAAUAUGCACCCGUCCGCCGUCGCUGUCGGUCGCGCUCCGGCGUGUCUUGUUUACUAUGAAGACGUAAGGGGUCCACCUCGACAUUUCUGAGGAGCAAGCGACCGAGAGGCGGGCCAUGUUGACUUUUCCCUCCGACUCGCUCCCCCACCUCGCUUUCCCCAUGGAUGGUGAUGCAAUGAUCCCCCACCCCUUCUGUAGUGCACCCCCACACACUGAGCCUCAACCACCACCACCACCUCCUCUCCUCCCCCUUCCCUCCACCACUCCCAGAGCGAGCGAUGGGACGUCAGGCCACGGCGGGAGCGAUCGCGUACAAGCGGGCGAGCGUCAGGGCGCUGGAGUGGAGAACGAGGUGGCAACGGCGUCCGCGUGUAAUCCGUCCUCGUUCAGCAGACACAGCGCGAGCAUGGUGCAAUUGUGUCAGUCCAAGCAACCGAGAGUUGAAAAUGCAUACGAAGAUAACAAGCACAUGCAGGAUGGCUGUGAUUUUGAAAAUGCAGCAGAGUUCCAAAACACGGAAAAGGAGUUUGCAGAGGAACCAGACAAGCGUCUGCUGGAGAGGUCGGAUCCAACAUCAGCGAGCGAGGCGCUGAGCCACUUCGCGGACAUGAGCGCCGCUGCCCCCUCCAGGUGGCUGAUGGGCCCUUUGUUCAACUCCUUCAAGUCCAAGAUUGCCAGCUUCACGGAAAUAGUCAUGAGUCCCACAAAGCUCUUCAAGGACAAAAACUUGCCGGCUGCUGAACUUCAACCGGGCGAGAACGACGAGUCUUUGGGAGCAAACCGCGGAACACUGGAAAACAGCAGACGGGAAGAAAAUGAGGGCGCGUUCACUCUGUUGCUGCAACCUGGAAGUGACUCUCGGCAUUCUCUGAGGUUAUUUAGCACAUCGCUUGACGGAGUAGAGUUGCCUUUGCCAUCAAGCCACCAAGCUCAACUCUUGGGGGAGCCCACCGUGAAUCUAGCUGACAUUGUUGAAGACAAAAAAAAGUCAUUGGGGCAAAAAAAUCGUCAGAGGAAGCCUGCCGUGGAAAGGGUUAUAACCUUGUAUUCCUGCAACGUCCAGCUGGAGCGUCUUCAGAAUCCCAACGCGAACCACGUCGCUUGCCGUGAAACUAAUUCUGGUUUCGCGCAGUCCAAAAGGAUGCUGAAAACCCAAGGCUGGGAGGAGAGCAAAAGACAGAAGUUGGACACGAAAAAUAAUGUGGCGAAACAGCCGGCCCACAAAAAGAAAGCGACGUCCGCGGUUUCAGACGGACGGGAAGAGUUCAAACCGGACGGCAAGUUUCGGAAAGUCAAGCGAAAAGCGGAAGGGGAGGAGAAGAGCGACGACGGCGGCGGCAGGAAGGCCAAACACAGGACGAGCGACCUUGGGAGUAACCCCGCAGCGGCCGCCGAGGCCGUUCUGCCGCUCGGGAACGCAACCGCCAAAGCGCGCAAACCGAAGUCGCUGGUCCCGACGCUGCCGUCCUCUUUCGCCCGCCGGUGUGCGCCAGCGGAGGUGGACGCUCAAAGCGAGGGCGGCCCCACCGCGAGACCCGGCAGGGCCAUCAAGAGACCCAAAAAGGCUCCCCAAGGUAGGCUGCAAGCACAGACCAAAAAGACUGAAGCCAAAUGUGGAAAAGCGCCGAUGCCCGGUGAGCCACUUUACUUUGAAAUGACUCCCUUUGAAGGUCACCAGUCGGAAUGUACCGAGCCGAACCAAAAUGGCCAUUCCGGUGGCGGUGCCUCAAUGUUACGCAACAGAAGGGGGAACAGGAAGGAGCCCAGAGGAGAUUCCCAGGUCAGGAGGUCUCGAUUUAGUGGGACUCACUCACACGACUGGACGGCUUCUGCCACCGCGGAGGACCUCCCGUCACCAACCGUCCAAAGCGCCCCGGGGGGCCGCCUGCGGCGCAGCUCCUCGUGCCCGGAGAUCCCCUCGCUCUUUGCCUCGCUCCCCCGCCAGCCGCCGCCGGCCUCGGUCUCGGCACGUGUCCAUAGGGGCCGCGCCCGCCGCCACACCGUGGGGAGUUUGGAGAUAGAGCGAGAGAUCGCUCCUCUGUGCCUCCGCAAGGAGGUGUACCCGUCCAGGCGCUCCUUACUGAGCGACGGGCAGAACCUGCCGCCCGCCCUCUCGCCCAAUUCCUCGCUGUCGGCGCUGGCUUCCUGCUUCCUGUCCAGCCCGCUGGCCUUCCUGUCGGGCAGAGGCGAGGACAGAGCGGCCGCUGCCAGCCACCCCGUGUCGGGCCACGCCGCCCAGUCGUCCUCUUCUGCGCCAAUUCUCAUGAAAACCGAUACCUCAUGUGGCGCCCUCGACGCCUGCGCCAGCACGAGUCUGCUGGCGGGCGAGACUGACGGCAUCGCGCCGAGUGAGGACAACGACGACGACGACUCCACCAGUCGCGGGUUCGACGAGGCGGUGGCGGCGGCGCUGAGAGAAGAAAAGUCUCUCUCCGACUCGGAGCUCAAGACGGUGGAGAAACACGAGCAGCGCGGCAAGGUGUCGUCCAUCCGCAUCCGGAGGGCGCUGCCCAAACCUCAGAACAACCUGACCCCCAUGGGGCUCCCCAAAGCCGUCAGGCUGAAGAAGAAGCAGUUCAGUUUGGAGGAAAUUUACACCAACAAGAACUUUUGCAAACCACCAGAAAGCCGGCUAGAGACCGUCUUCGAGGUGCCGCUCAGCCGCCGCGACGGCUCCGAGUCUCGGUUCGGCCAGCGCCGCCUCAAGCGCUUCCUGGAGUUCCUCGAGGCGGGGGAGGCCCGGAAGCCCAAGAAGGUUCUGGGCGGGGGCGGCGGCAAGGCGGGGGCCGCGUCGUCCCGCACCAGACGGGGGGGCUUCGCCAAAGACGACUCGGUGGCGUCCCUUCUGGCGCCGCCCGACGCCGACUCUCUUCUGUGCGCCAAAUUGAAGCAACUGGACUUGUGGCUCAUCGGCGACCGUGCGGACUUUCCGUCGGUUCCCUGAAUGCACCGCCGGACGGGAGCACUCUCCGCUCAUCUUCGUUUGUUAUGAACGUGAUGACAACAGCAAUGGCAGCUCGUAUUUAUUACUUUGCAACUUAAUCGCAUCACAGUUGUUUUUGUGUGUUGUUGCCCAGUUGAACGAGGCGGCCUUAAACAUAUCCUCAGUAUUAGUUUUGUAUCCAAGCAUCCAUUUUUUAAAAGCGUUUGUCACAUCAAAAUCUUUAUGAAAAAGCACAACAAGCAUUGAAGAUUGCAAGAAUGCAAUACUGCCACUUUUUUUGUUUGUUUGUUUUGUUACCAUGGUAGCUAACUUAUGGACUUUCCUCCAAGCUUGGAUGUUGAAUAUUAACGUGUCAACGAUUAUAAAUGUUGGUUUUAUACAUAAAGAUUUACAAGUGUCUCUGUUGUGGAAAAUAAAUAUCAGCAUUCAAGGGUG